AUGGAAAACUUUGGCGAGAAACUCAGUAUUUCACAAAUAUACCACUUAGCACACGAAUACCGCGACCAUGCAUACUCAGGUGCAAAUAAAAUCGGUUCCGAGGAAGAGUUGGAACAGUACUAUUCUCUCAUAAACAUGUCUAUCCGGAUGUUUCAGUUAUUGAAGACGAAAUGCACGCUUUCAGUGGUGGAGGAUAGUAAAGUCACGUUUGAGAUGGUGGAGUUGCUAAUACAGGAGACGUAUAAUUUUGACUUAGCAGAGCUUUACAUUUCCAGUUUGAAAGAGCGAUUGCAGACGCACCAGAACGGCAUGGAUUUGGUAGAAGAGCUCAUGCGUUGCGAGUUUCUGCUAUUGCACGAUUUGCCGCUGAUGAGAGAUAGUAAGUUCCACUACAAGAUUGCGCUAAAGAACUGUAAUGAAGUAGUUCAGUACAUGGCAAGCUUGCAAGGUGAAGUCUAUCAAAAUUGGGCAUCCGUAUUCCGGUAUGUCGGCGUGAUGCUUUGUAUCAAGCUGAAGCAGCACCGUAGAGUAAAGACGAGUUUUCACGGGUUACUCUCGCAAUGUCGGGAGAAAUCACAAUGGAAGUGGUUUCUAAAUCUGUGCUACGUGAAUUAUUUGCUGAAUGAGAGGUUCCCAAUUCCCGAGGAGGCUCUGCAUGAGCUUAGAAGCACGGAGCUGGACACGGUGGGGCCCGCGCUAUAUGCGUGGAAGUUGGCAUUAGAGAUGGUGAUCCAGCUUUAUAAAGACGGCAACAUUACGGAGCAUCUGAACGAAUUCAAAAAGUUUUUCGAUACGUGCAAGCAAUCUCUAGUUGAGGAUGAAGGUAAGGGGUGCGUGAUCACAAUCAUGCCAAGGAUGACGUUGAAAGUAGACCUGCCUAUGAUUUUCCACUACAAGGAAUUGAAGAAUGUACUGUUGUUAUUGCAAAGCGUCAGCUACAUCGUGAAUUGUUAUGACGAAAAGGGGAACUUCUCGAGGAAGUUCCUGCCUAAAGUGUAUUCUACGACCCAGAAACUGAUAAAGAACAUUGCCGCCGGCGAUGUUUCGAUGAAUGAGCUGGACUCGCGAAUCCAGACAUACAAAAGCAUCCUUGAAUUUUGCGAGUUCUACAAAGUGUGGGAAGAAAUACUCUUGAAGGGGGCCGUAGUGGAGACUAACUCAUCGAAAUUAGGGCCCUCGCCAGGCUACGUGAAGCUGCUGCAAGCAAUGAAGAUUCAGUUUGAAGGCGGCGGCGCCGUGGAAGAGUACACGCGGCUUGCACAAUCUGGCGGCACAUCUAGCGAAGUGAAGAUGAUAUCGCUUCUGAAUUGCUACACGGUGCAGGCGGCAAGAGUGAGCCGGUGUCCUGGGGACAAGCAGGGCGAGCUCGUGGAACAAUGCAACAAGGUGUGGCUCCAGGUGGAGAAAUUGCUACAAGAAACAGACCUGCAGUUUAACCCCAUAUGGGAGUGCACAGUAACGGUCCUAUGGCUUUUCAGCCAUUUUGAGCCGUUCAGCUGGAACCCGCUGCCAUGUAGUGACAAGCAGCGCGCCGAAUACGUGUCGAAACUCCGCGAGUUCUACUCUAGCAACAAGUUCGCUGCUGCUGGAGGUACUGCGAACGACCGAUUCAAAUUAAAGAAGGCUCUAUUGCUGCAAGUACUAGUGAACUAUUUAGGCGGUCGAAUGCUCGAACACGAUCUGGGUGAGAUCCACGCGAUCUCAGAAAAGUGUUUCGAUAUGUGCCGCCAGCAGGGUGGCAUGCGUAAGAUCCAAUACGUAGUCGGAAUAUGGCAUUUGAUGAAUUGUACGGUGGGGAUGCGGGGAAAAGACGUCGCUCUCACAAACGCGAAGCUGGAGGCGCUGGUUAAGCAAAUUACCAGUGUCAAAUAA